UUUUCACCAGGGUUUUCUGAAAAGACGACAUGAACGAGAAGAGACGGAAAAAUCUGAAAACAGCGCUCCAGUGUUUGAGCCAGUUGCUUUGGUUGGUGGGCUUAGCGGUGGCCGUGGUUGGAGUUUACCUGCUCCUGACGUUCAGAGAGAAAAGUACAACCUUCUUCUCCCCGUCCUCGUACAUGACGCUGCCGUUUUUCGCCACCUUUGCCACCGCCGCGUUCUUAUUGGUCAGCGGGUUCCUGGGGUCAUGGGUCAGCACCAGGGAUUCGAUAUGUCUCCAGGGAUUGUUUUUUUAUCUUCUUUUUGUGGUUUUCUGCCUGGGGAGUACAGCCGCAGCUCUGGCCUUUCACCGCUCAGUUCAGCUUGAUUCAGAGCUUCUUCCUCUGAGUGACGUGUUUCAGAGAUACACAGGAAGCAGCGAGGACCAGGACUCACGGACUGUGGACGCGCUACAGGAAAAGAUGGAGUGCUGUGGUGUUCAGAACUUCACUGAUUGGAUGGAUACUUCCUGGUUUAUUCACACUGGGGGUCACAUUCUCCCUCACAGCUGCUGCAAUCGAACCUUCACCUCCUGCAACGGCACCGUGCUCCAGCCUCAUCAGUUUUAUCAAACAGGCUGUAAAGUGAAGCUCAAACUGUUCUUUCACUUCCUUUUGGACAUCAUUAUAUUGAUGUUUGCUGUGGUGUGUCUGGUGCUGGUGAUUUUGCUGGUGCCGGUGGUGACACUGAUGAGGGACCCGUUUCUUUCUUAUCGCUCAUUGGACAAAAGCUGAACCUUAAAAUGAAACUGGACACAAUCUGCUCAACUCUCAAUAUUUGUAUUGAUCUGAAAGUCUUAUCUAUAUAAAAGUAUAAUUCACAACGACUCAUCAUCCUCAAACACCACUGCUGUGUGUUAAAUUUAUGAUGCUGAUGACCAGCAGGUGGCGCCACUGCUCUGGGUGACAUGAGGUGCCAUUUUAUUUCCUCUGUAAAUGUUUAUAACAGAAGCACAGAGGAAACAUGUCCCAGAGAAAUGACA